UCCAAUCAGAAGGAAGCUCGCAGAGCAGUCGAGCGCGAUUGGGCGAUGUCAGCGCUGCUGGGCGGGAGUUGACGCGGUGAUCGGUAUUUGAAGCUGGAGCUGAGGUGAGCAGCCGUGAGCGGAGUGCGUUGGGAUUGGGAGUUCUUGUUGUUGUUCGAAAACAAUAAAUACAAAAAAAAACAACCCGGGAUUUGAAAUCCGACGACCGAAACGUUCGGGGGGAAAAGUCAUGACAAGAUCGCCCGCGUUGCCCGUGCUUUAAUUGUAAUCUGAUUUAUUUUGGGAGGAUAUUUUUGCUGAGUUGCCGGAGUUCGAGCACCUGCAGCGAUCAAACUGUCAAGCAUCCGGCACCUGGUGUCAUCGAGUGACAGAGCUGUCUGAGGCCGCACUGGAAGGGCGAAUUGAGGAGGACUCGGCCAGUCGCAUCGACGAGGCGUCUCAUCGCGGUGAAGCGAAUUUCUGACCCUCGAGAAUUUUGAACGGCACAGCCCGGCCUCACGAUGUCGGCGGACCGCUACUCAUCUCUGGACGAACCGGCCCUCAGGAAACUGCUUGAAGUGACAGAUGACUUUGAUGAACGCAAACUUAUUCGUUCCAUGAUUUAUGAACUGAGGAGGAAAGAAUUGAAAAGAACAGAGGAUGCAUUAUCCUCCAAACGUUUUCGUUCUGAAAGAACUAAUAAAUGCCUUGAAAACAAAGAGAAUCAUUUGCGAUCUCACAGACAAGAAGAAGAUCAGAAAGGGUCUUUGGAUAAACUUUCAGGAAAACUAGAGUCCAUUAAUGACAUUGAUGAGCUAACAACAUUGCUCCGAAGUGCAGGUGAAUAUGAGGAGCGUAAACUGAUUAGAGCUGCUAUGCGUAAGCUCCGUGAACAGGAGAUUGAAGCUGCAUCCAUUGGGGACAGGCCAAUUGGCAGACCAGUCCAUAAUGGAGCACAGGAGACUGAAAAGACUACUACCUAUCGACUGGACAUCGCACCACAGACAAUACGUUCAAGCAAGGACCUACUGGCGAAAUGUGAGGAGAAUGUUCUUCGAACACUGGUAGCGGAGACUGAGGACCUCGAGCCUAGACCAAAGAUCCGAGCACAAAUCCAAGAACUUCAGAACCAGAAGAAUAGUCAAAGUGAGCUUGAUGAAAUGGCCUCUGGUAUGGUUGUUGUCCUCGAUCCACUGAAAAAUAUUGAUGAUAGUUCAAUGAAGUCUCUUCAAUCAUCUCGACAGACAGCAGAAUCCUCUGGUUUGGAUCCUUGUACCUGUAUCACUGAUUCUGAUUGGGGCUCGGAGAGUGGCAAGGAUUCCAGUAGAGGACUAACAGCUGAAAAUCCUGGAAGCACAUCUGAAACCCACUGGACAAUUAAAACACAACAUAAUGAAGUGCUACAGAAAAUGUCUGAGAGCUCUCCAAGCAUCAUGGAAGAAGAUGAUGAUGCAAAGAAAACAAAUACUGCUCUUAGACAAAAUAGUUGCCCCUCUCUUAAUAACAAUAGGAACACCUUCGCACCAAAGAUAGAGACGACUGUUCUCCAGGCAGAGAUAAGUUCUCAGAAUGGGAUGUUGACAUUCGUCCAGGAAAGGCUGAAUUCUGACAUAAGUGACAAUAUCCCUUCAAUAACUACAAGAAGAGCCAGUGAUAAGGAACAGGGGGAGACUUGCUUCACAGAACUUGAUAAAAUGAUCACAUACAAAGCUCAAAUGCCGAGGAACACAGCAACUCAGUCCAAGCAGAAAGAGUUAACAGAAACAGCCAUUGAUACUUGCUUGAACGGCUCACUUUUCAGGAGAACUAACUCUGUACGAGACAGAAUGAAGAAGUUUACUGUGGACUUGUCCAACCAAUCUGCUGAACUUGGUACAAACUUCUCCACUCAGAAGAGAAAACAGCUGAAUGAAAACAGAGGCAGCAGAAUUUUGCAGCAGCAGCAGCCAUUAUCAGGCAGCCCCACACCGAAGAUUAAAGAAUCUGUAACUUCAGGCUUAGAAGUGUCUUUAAAAGGGAGCUCUGUUGAUCUUAGGAAUAUGCAGGAAGUGGACAAAUCUACAGAAAAAACAGAUAAACACGCAGAGUACUUACUGUCCAGUAGAAAUAAAAAACCCGUGGGCUCAAAUAAAAAAAAUGGAUUAGAACGUAAUAGGUCAACAUCACUGAGAGAUAGUUUGUUCAACUCUGAACAAGUGGAUGGAAAGGAUUCACCAAAAUCUGUUAAUAGGUUGACUUAUAGCACUGCCAAAUUCAACUUUACAACUCCUGAGGUACAACCCCAGGGCUGCUCCAGGGAAACAUCUUCCUCAGUUUCUUCUGAGAGCUUAAGUCAUCCAAUUGCAUCUAGAGUUACUGUAGAUGGAUCAAGUAAGUCAAUAUCACCCUUGUCUUUUGAGAAGGAUUGCAAUAAGAAAUCUCUCACACAGAAAACUGCUACUGAUAAAUCAUACAUCAAGACUCCAGGGAGGAGCAACAUAAGCAAAUCACAAACAUACCAGCCUGCGUCAGAGAAGGACUCCAGUAAAACCCAUACAGGCAGCUCAGUGCACUUAGAACAACCCAGAUCUGCUCAACCCUCAGAUCCUCCUGCUACACCAAACAGACAUUUUCAACAAAGCUUUUCCAGACAAUCUGAGGAAGAAAAGCAACUGAACAACAACGAAAACAACAUGAAGACACUCAUGACAAUUGAAAUUAAGGAUGGAAGGAACCCUGAACUUGUUACUACAAGGAUCUCUGGCACACCUUCCUCACAGAGGGGAGAGCUGACAUUUGGUUUGAGAGCAACACCAUUCAAAAUGUUGGGACCAGGCGGCAUCAUGAUGGAGACAGAGCCAGUAAUGACUGAAGCAGCCCAGUCACUACAGUUUGAGGCUACUCUACCCAAUGGGGUAGAGGAGAAAGAAAAGGAGAAUGCCAAAGAGAAAAGUAGCAAAGUCAUUCAAGAAGAUCUGAGUGCUAUUGAAGAUGAAGAAGUCCUAGACAAAAUGCUUGAUGCAACAACAGACUUUGAGAAAAGGAAGAUGAUUCGAGCUGCAAUGAGGGAGCUUCGGAAAAAGAAAAGAGAUGAACGAGAAAGGGAGCGUGAAAUGAGACUACAAGAAUUGAAACAGAAAUCAGAAGAGGCAAAGAGAGCAAAGUCUUUAAAUACUGCUGAAAUGACUGUAUCCAAAACAGAAAAAUCUGCAGAUGGGAAGACUGUUACCUCAAUGUCAAAGACUGAAAGAAUCACCCAUACAGAUGGUGGCAACAGAACUUUGCAAACAACAACUGUGGAAUCAGUUGUAAAGAAAACUGAUGGAGGAACAUCCGUCAUCCAGACCAAGACCUCCUUUAGUUCCAGCAGCACUUCAUCCAAAAAGGUUGGCAGUAUUUUUGACAGAGAAGAUAAUACACGGUCUAGCAGUGUAUUAGCACUUGAGAGGAAACAGGCUGAGAAGCGGAAAGAGGUGUUGAGGUCGCAGACGUUGCCACGGACUUCAGGGUCACAGGCACGGAAGGCAUUGAUUGAGAAGCUAGAAAAAGAAGGUGGAAGUCCUGGAAAUCCAGCCAUUGCCAAAGUGAAAGUGCAGAGAUCUUCAAGCUGUGGUGUACCAAAUGCUAAUACUAUUAAGCAGAUGCUACUCGACUGGUGUAGAGCCAAGACACGUGGUUAUGAGCACGUGGCUAUCCAGAACUUCUCCUCCAGCUGGAGCGAUGGGAUGGCUUUCUGUGCUUUGGUUCAUAACUUCUUCCCUGAGGCCUUUGAUUAUUCAGAACUGAAUCCCAACAACCCCAGGCACAACUUCGAGGUGGCGUUCACCAUGGCAGAACGGGUAGCUUCCUGUGAUCCCCUCAUUGACGUAGAAGAUAUGAUGAUAAUGGGCAAAAGACCUGAUCCUAAGUGCAUCUUCACAUAUGUCCAGUCCCUGUAUAAUCAUCUACGAAGGUACGAGUAACGGGACCUGGAAGAUGGAAGGCAGAGUGCCUUGUCUUUCUGUUUAUAUAAAAAAAAAUCCACAGCUUGCCUGUGUUUUCAGACAUUUGUCAAAAGACAUGUACAGACAUGAGUCACUACGUACUGCAUUUGCACGCUUGGAUUUUCUUUCUUUUAAUGCAUCCAGACAAGGGUGAAGAUCCUAGGGCGAUGUAUUGUCUGUGUUAUGUGUAUUAAAGAAUUCUAGCACAUGACCAUUUUUACUUCCAAAUCAGGAAAAAAAAUCAUCUUAUACAUGUACUGAGAAAGAACCUUUAUAAUGUAUAUUUAUCCACAUACAUAUUUGCAGAGUAUUACGGCACUAAAUUAAGACAAAAAGGCUGCACAACAGUUUUUAGCAUUAAGGAAAGCAAAUUUGGAUAUAUUAGUGAUUUGGAAUUAUAUAGCACAUCCUUUUCUCUCACUCCUCACUCCCCCCAGCUUCACCCAUCUCCCAACAGUCAGAUUUAGAAGCAGUAAAAGAAGGUAAUUUCAAAUCAAGCGGCAUAUUAUUUCAUCAUUCUGAUAUAUCCCUCUGACAGUGAAGUGUGCAGUUAUUCUGUCAAGUGUUCACUUUUGCAAGGAAACUACUAUAUUGUACAAUUGAAAUUUGUUUUCAAAUUAUACUUUCAUUGUUCCCCUCUACAGCAAAAAAGAUUGCACUUUAGUGAGACAAUGGGGAAUUUGCAUGUCAUUUAGUUAUAAUUCUAAAGAGUUUCAGUAUUCCUAUCACUAAUAAAAAUAAUGGCUAAUUUAAUAGGUGUUUGGGAGUGAAGAGUGUAGCACUAAAUGUGUCCGAGAGCAUCAGUAUCACUUGUAGCCUCUACACUAAUUUAGUUCCAUUGACUUUAUUGAUCUCUAUUUGCAGAGACAAGUCCAACCAGCAGGUGAUACUUACACAUGCAAUAAGCCUAAAAAUUAAUUCUCCCCAUUCCAUUCAUACGGCAGAUCACACGCUUGAUUAUCUGAUAGAAUAAAAUAACACCUAAAGACCAGACCAGAAUGGAGAACAUCACUACGUUGUAGCAAAGCCUACACAAAAAGCAUUUGAAAGUAGUUCAAUAAAUAUAGACUGUAUAGGUUAUAGAGUCACAGAGCAAUACAGCACGGAUACAGGUCCUUCGGCUAACGAGUCCAUGCCGAUCAUGUUGUCCACCGAGCUAGUCCCAAUUUCCGGCAUUCAGCCCAUAUCCCUCCAAGCCCCUCCCCUCCAUGUACAUAUCCAAGUGCUUCUUAAAUGAUCCUAUUGUACCUGCCUCAACCACCCUCUGGCAACUCAUUCCAUAUACUCACCACCCACUCUGUGAAAAAGUUGCCCCUCAGGUCCCUUUUAAAUCUUUCCCGUCUCAUCCUAAAUCUAUGCCCUGUAAUUUAGGACUCCCCUGCCCUGGAAAAAAGACUAUUACCAUCCAUGCGUCUCAUAAUUUUAAACACUUCUAUAAGGUCACUCCUCAUCCUGCUACCUUCCAUGGAAUAAAGACCUGGCCUGGCCAACCUCUCCCUAUAACUCAGGUUCCUCUGGUCCUGGUUGUAAUACUGGGCCAUUCACACAAUUCCACUAAUUUGAUCUCUAUUCUCAAGUUUACUUAACUCAAUCAAUUUAAUCAGCCUUAUUUGUGAAAUGUCUGUUUCCAUUGUAUCCCCAGUUAACUGUUUCAGCAGAAGCAACAUUUGGGAAUCCAGAAGUGUUACUGCCCCUAUGACUAGACACUGACUGCCUUUGGAAUCCGUGCAUGUGGAGAUGAAUAGUUUUGCACUUGGAUGUGACUGUCACUCUAUAGCAGCCUGCCAACAUUCUCUAAAUAUCAAGAAUAGUAACUUUGGGAUUUCUGCUCAUCUGUUGCCGUAGUUACAGUGUGGGAGAUCAUGAAACACUAAUGGAAAUUCUACCCUUUCAUUUUAAUUUUUCUGGUCUCUAUUCCUGAUUUCUCUCUGCUCUUUCUUCCUCUUCAUUGCCGUGUCCUGACCAGUUCUGCAGAUCAUUUCACCAUUUUGUGGUUCAUCAGCUGCUUAUGCAUUGGGGAAUAUAUAACUGUUAUCAACAUGUAAUAUUUGAGAGGUUAGUGCUGGAGAUGGGAGAAUAAUUAAAUUGCUGUGGGAUAGGCAAAUAGACUGAUAGUGCGGACAAUGGAGACUGCAUUCUGUGGCUGGUGUUUGCAUGGCAUGUCACUGCAAUGCUUCUUUGGUAUAUUUAAAUAUUGCUCGUUCCCUGUCUAGCAUGUCUAGAACCAGGUCUUAAAAUAAGGAGUCAGCCAAUCAGCAUCAAGAUCGGGAGAAAUUUCUUCACCCAGGGAGUGGUGAAUCUUUGGGAUUCUCUACCCAAGAAAGCUGUGGAGGUUCAGUCACCCAGUAUAAUAAGGUUCGAGAUGAAUUGAAUUUUGGAUAUUAAGGGAAUUGGGGAUAUGAAUUUGUGCAAGAAAAUGGCACUGAGGUAAAAAAAUUAGCUGUGGUGGAGAAGGUGCAAGCUUCCUAACGGACUGCUUCUGUUUCUUACCUUUUUCUAUGUUGCUCCUGGUUUUAUCUCCGUUUAGAAAUGGUUUAGAACUUCUAAGAGAGAAAAUGACAAAUUAUUUUGAAAGUUGUACUUAAAAAAAAAUCCUGUUAGGCCAAGUAAAUUACUAAUAUUGAAACUGCUGUAAACCAGCAUGGUGCCUUUGCAUGUCUCCACAAAGAAGGAUAAUUGCACUGAAUUAAAGAAGGUUUUUAUAUAAAUGGUGGAAAAAAUGCAAAUUGUAGACAUUGACCAAUCAACAUUUGAAAGAAUUCUGACAAAACUUACACCCAAAAUAUUCAUCAGACUCUCACUUAAAACAUGUCCUACCCACUCCCUAUGACCAGCACCCAUGCACUACCCACCCUGGGAUGAGAGGGACUGAAAAGAUUUAAGCCUAGUUUAAUUAUAAUUUUUGAUUCUGGAAUUGUGCAAAUUUGAAAUUAUGAUCAGCAAAUUAUGUUAUAAAGCAGUCGCGAAUGGUGUUGUGCAACCUUGAUGAUAUUUGUAAGCCAUGAACAUACUUCCUUUGAUUCACUAGUGCUGAACCAGGAGUAAGCGUAAAUGUUGAGAUAUUUAUAGUCCUUUGAGAGUGCUACAUGCAGUGUAUAGGCAGAAGGAGCACACCACUUCACAAACCACCCACCUGCCCACCCUUUAGGCAUCUCCUGCCUCAUCUGUAGAACAGUCUGCGGUUCCCACAAUGGCCUCAACAGUCACCCCAGAACCCAUAGAACCAGAGUAGAAACAAAUCUCCCUCAAUCCCAAGGAUGUCUAAGAAGGACAUAGAGAUGCAUCAGUGCAUUGUGCCCUGCCUCUGAAAUUCAGUUCCUUUGAAGUCAACGGAAUGGAUUUCAGAGGCAGAAGAUUCCAGGUUAACUUGACUAUAUUAGUACAUUAUGGACAUAAGUGUUUUAAUACUCAAACAACUUCUUCAAUUAUAUUAACCAAAAGAAAAAAUUGUUCCCCAUGGUCUGCUCUUUUUUUUAAAAUAAUCACCAGCAUCAUAACCAAAUAAUUACACUCAUACAUUUCAAAUAAUGUUACUAUUUCUGUCACAUUAUAGUAGAGGGUUCAAGUUCCUGGCACUGUUAAUGCAAGCACAAAUGCCACAGGCUCUAAUUUUCAAAUUACUUGAAAACUGCUUGGUGUGUUUCUCUCUGUCAAGAAUAAUGUAUGUGUUUUUUUAAUAAUCUACACAGGACAGACUGACCUUUGUAAACCACAUGCAUAUUCACUGUAGGUAUUAGUGCCACAGUUUAUAUUAAAAAAAAUCAGUGCAAUGUUUCUAUAUGUAACUGUAUGAAGAAAACUGCCAUACGCAUGUGUAUGUCUGUAUAUAUUUUUAUUAUCCGUUUGGAUUAUGUUUUCUUAUUAAAAUUAGCAUUGAGCUUGCUACAAUUUUUUUUAAUAGCUUAAUAUUUGUUUCUGGAAAUACAGAUUUAUCUUUAUUGAUUAUCCUCUUUGUACUCAAAAUGGUGAAAUUCUUGGAUUAGAAACCAGUGGUUUCUGGGCACUGGGGGAGAAGAACUGUCGGACUUUGACCAGCUUUUCCAGGCAUUUGCUAACCAGCUUGCAGUUAUCAAUUAAUCCAUGUUUCUCCUUCAAGAUGCUUUUACUUUGAGGGAUAAAUGGAAGAGUAGACACAUACCUGUCCUGCUUUGUGAUAGUUUGCUAUAAUGUAAAGAAUGCACUUUGAGAAAUCUGACAGCAGUGUAGAUCCAAAUUGCCCAGAUUUCUGUGAAUUUUGUAAAGUGUUGUCCAAAUAAAUCUGACUUGCUAAGGGCACAUUCUGAUGCAACCAUGCAAGAAGACUGACCUGCAGGGACUAACUCCCAGAAAAUUAGGGAAUUGGUUAAUAAAAGCACAUAGGGUCAUGAAGAUCAGACUCAUGGAAAAUGCAGGUCCAUGGUUAAAAGUGACUCCACCAGGCUGUAAUUUGAAGUGGCAGUAUUACAUCUACUUUAUAAAAGGUGAACCACAUGUGUCUAAAUGCUAACAGCCCAAGAUUCCAACUUGUGAUGUACAAGUGCAUUCAAUCUCUCAUAUGUUGGAAUUACCUCUCUCCUCACGUUAGCUGAAAACUGUCUUAUAAAAAAGUUGUGGAUAUGGUGUUUUGAGGUAAAAUCUAAAUGCUAAACAUUAAUUGGCGUCUCAAAGACAAAAAUGCUAACAUUCCAGGUAACCAGGGGAGUGGUUAUGAUUUUGAUUAAGAUUUACAAUAUUUGAGAGGUUCCAUUUUUUUCUCUAUCCUGAAAAAUAGUUAUAUAGCUGGCAUUUUGAUUUUUUUGGGAAUGUUUACAGUGCAGCAACUUGGUCCAUGCCAUCUUUUGCAAACACAUAACAUUCUUUCUGUAGUCCUGUUGGAUGAUAUUUCACCUGUUGCACAACCUUGUGAUGCCUUCUUAGUGUUGGCCGUGUCCAUUCAACAUUUAGCCAGUGUCAUCUACAUUCUCCAGACAGAGCAGUGAAUACAUUAGAAGGAAAGUUGGAAUUAACCCAGGAUUAAAUAGGAACCUGGAAAUUUAGGAUGUGGAUUCUUUUAAGGUUGCACUACCACUGGUGUUGGAUGAAUAUUGGCUGAUAGAUCAAUUGUUAAACCAUGAAUUUUAGUUCAUUAGUACAUGGAGGAUAAUAAUUGCUGUAAGGAAGAUGGUGACUAAUGUGUUUGGACUGUGUGAAGGAGAAAGUUCUAGAACCUGAUUCUCUGCAAGCAGCAUAUAAAUCCAUGGCUCACAUCUGCACAAUCUGGCUACAAAUUUAUACAUUGUUCUGAAAGACGGGUAUAAUACCUGCUCCACUGCACAAUCAAUUUGGGAGCUUGUGCCAAUUCUUAUUCUUUGUCUUAAAAAAAGAAAGAUGAAGGCUUCAAAAUGAAAUGUAUAAAAAAUAAAUACACUGCCAUAUUACUACGUUUUACUACUAAGCCUUGUUAGUGGGCUUGAACAUACGGUGUUCUUGGGUCAAAGACCCAUGCCGUGUUGUAAUAAAGCGAGUCCUUAGUGAAAGGCUUGUACGUCUACAGGCCUGAGUACUGGCUGUAAUUAUUCUAUCCUGUUGAUGAUUUAGUUUAACCCCUACUCCAGCAACAAAUGAUUUCCCAAUGUGCUGAAUUUUGUUCUUUGCAGGAAAUUGACAGUUCACUGCUGGUCUCAAAGAGAGUUGCGUACAAAAAUCUAGCAAACUCUGGCAUGUCUGGCAUGGAUUUACCUUUCACUGACUUUGGUUGUUGUCAGAAAUCAGUUCAAAGGGUUCCCCAGUACCCUCUUUUUCAGGGUAUUUUGCAACAAAAACAUCAAUUCGUUGUUUUUCGGAUAUCCCACUAGAGAAGGCUGAAAAAUAAAACAACCUCUGGAGGAUUGCAGCUGUGAUUUUCCAAAUUUAGUGUAUGCAUAUGAACUCCAGAAGUUGCUGCCAGAUUCCCAGGGCCGUGAUGGUGAAUUCUGAUAUUUUUGCUGUCAAUUUCAAGCACAAAAUCCAGGCCAUUGACUAUCAUCAGCCCAAUAUACAGUGCAAUGCAAACUGAUGAAAAACCAAUAACGGAAUAAGAAAACAUUAGUUAGUUAAUAUUGGAUAAUAGGACGUUUGAGACUGCAUUGGUAGUGUGCUACAUCACAGGAACCUUGACCUUCACUGGCAAUCCUGCUGCAAGAUGUUAUUUUAUAUUUUCAUUAUUUUAAAGUAUCUUAGCUCAUAAUGAUGUGUUUGGGAUUGCACAUACUUCAUUUAUUCCGUGGACAAGUAUGACAUGGAUUAGAUGUAGAUUUAUUGGUGUGGAUUUUGGUCUAGAGACCAGUUCCUGUGCCAGGAGGGUAUGGGGCGAGGGAUGCACAUUUGUGAGAUGAUGAAGCCUGAAUAUCCCACUGCAGAGCUUUUAGUGGAGGUCCCAUCCAUGGACAACACAAUCGACAAGCUGGAACCCAUUCAGAAGGGAAUAGCUAAAGGCCUUGAGAGUAGUUGGGGAAAUUGAAAGAGAUUGGGGUGGGCAGGGAGCAAAUGAGGUCAGGAACUCCAUGAGGGUGGCCCAAAUCAUGUUUAGUCCAAUGAUGGCCAGGAAUAAGGCAACAGAUGGUGACCAGGAAGAGCUGAGAGCCCUUGGGAGAAAUGGUGAGAAGUGGAGGUUUAUUGGGUAGUUUGGAGCCUGUAGAAACACCCCGGUCCUCUCAGUCCACAGGCAAAAAUCACUCCUCGUGUUGUUUCUUGUCUCCUUUCAAUUUCUGAGUUUAGAGAGUAGGAAAAGAGGGGAGGGGAAACCUGACUGCCUCACGUUGAAGUGGAAUGACUGUUAAACUAGAGCAGACCGAGUCUGCUGACCAUAUUUAAAUGACCCUACGUGAUAGGUCUCUUAAGCUUUGCCCUACUUCUUAAACAAGAAUGGGUGAAUUUGAAUAGGUUCAGUUUCCAUUCCAGAUGUUUUGUAAAUUAAACUCUUGACAUGAGCCCAAUUAAUCUGAUUGGGAGCUCAAAUUCAGGCUAUCGUCACUAACUAUCUUUCCAGUACAGAAUUAAUUCUUUUGACCUUUUCAAACACAUGUACGAAAAUUCAAUUUCGGAUCAGUUCUGCCAUACACAGGUUGUCACCUGGUGCACGUUCCUCAUUUGUUUAAGGUAAUUGGUUAUCAACAAAGCGCAGGUCUGCACUGCUCCAGAGAACUAACAGCCAGUACCUUUACUAAAAGAUAAUAGCCUCAAUUUAAGAUUUUACCAAUACUUUUUCAUUCUACACUCAGAUUUACAAAUAUAGUGCACACACAAACAUGUUUACAUAAAGCACCUGCUAUUUUACACAAAACAACGUCCAUUCUUUCAUUAUCUGUGGAGCAGGUAAACUUGACUCUUUCCUCUUUUUGAGUUUAUCCCUCUGAUUAUAAUGCUAUUUAAUUUUAGUUCUGUUUGGAGAGCUCACGACAUGGCUGUAUUCCUGCUUGCACUAGAAUUGAAUUAUGUAUGGAAUAAGCCUGUUUUACCUUCAGUUUAGCUUGUUGUGUCUUUUUCAGACCACUACACUGUUUUAGAUAGUUAACAGAUUUCAGUAUGCAUUUUAAAACAUCUGUUUUACACAGUUUACAUGAAUAUGCACUAAAGCACAAAAUAAAACUACUUACAAUCA